AUGAUAAAGAAACCAUUACCAAAUCAUAUUACAAAUGUAUUUGAAGAGAACUUUAGAGUUAUAGAAUCGAUUGCCAACCUCAUAAGAGGAGGUUAUGGACCAAAUGGUAAAUCAAAGUUGAUAUCACGUGUCAACUAUAGUUAUGAUGUUAUUGAUAAUAAGGGAACUCUAUCAAAUACACCGAGCAAUGUGGUUUUACCAACUGUCGAUGUAUUAUUAACUAAAGAUUCAUAUACAAUUAUUAGAUCAUUAAAUGAAUAUAAAUCACCAAUCUACCAUAUACUAUUACAAUCUUUAUCAAAUUUUAAAAGACAAAAUAGUGGAGGUGUUUGUAGUUUGGUAUUAUUAACCAAUAGUAUACUUGAGAAUAUAAUUCAAUUGUUGAGAUUAAAUAUUAGUCCAUCAUUAAUUAUUAAAGUAAUUGAACAAUGUAAAGUUUAUAUUAAUCAUUUUAUAUUAUUAUUAAUUCAAUCAAAUAAUAAUAAUAAUAAUAACAAGAGUAAUAAUAUUAAAAAUAUUAAUAUCAAUGAUGAUAAUAAUAAUAAUAAUAAUGAAAUAUUUGAAUCAAUUGUUAAAACAAGUUUAUCUGGAAAUGUAUUAUCAACUUAUUCAAAUACUGCUUCAAGAUUAAUUAAAGAUCUAAUUAAAAUAAUUGGACCAAGUUUAAAUAAUGACCAAUUUAAUAUUUUAAAAGUAUUGGGUAAAGUUGAUGGAUUACAACAUCUUGCCAACAAUAGCAACGCCAACAACCAAAAUGAAAAGAUAGAUUCAUCAAGUAUGGUUAUCAAUGGAAUCAUAUAUAAAUCAACAUUUUCCUAUGCUGGAUCAGAAUCAUUUUCAAAAUACAUUGAAAAUCCAAAAAUAUUAUUUAUAGAUAGUGAUAUUGAAUUAAAAAAAGAAAAAGAAAAUACAAUGAUUGAAAUGAAUAGUGUUGGAGAAUACAAUCAAUAUAUGGAUUUUGAAAAGAAUCAAUUUCUAAAACAACUAGAUCAAGUGUAUGAAAAAAAGAUUGAUAUUGUAUUAUCAAAAAAGAGUAUUGGUGAUGUGGCUACGGUGGAAUUUGCAGAACAGGAAAUGUUUGCUAGUGGAAGAGUAGAGUUGACAACCAUGAAUCGACUAGUUGGAUCACUGGGAGGUGUUGUACAAUCGACUUUGUGGGACCUAGCCACCGAGGAUAGAUUCUAUGGCCAUUGCAAUAGUUAUCGACGUAUCAGAUUGGAUGAAAAGCAAUUUGAACUAUUUGAACAACCCAAACAUCGUCCAUACGCAACCGUGUUGUUGUCUGGAACCAACUCUGUCUUUCUGGAUGAGGCAAUGGGUGGACUCACCGAUGCAAUUACAACUAUCAAGAAUAUUCAUGCUAGUCAAGGAUGGGUUACACUAGGUGGAGGUUCAUUUGAAAUUAUGUUAUCACAUGCACUUGAUCAAUUUCAACAACAACAACCAGCAGAACCAGGAUCAGAACAACAACAACAAAUGGAUGAAAAACAAUUAAUGAUUGUUGAAUCUAUAAAGUUGGGUUUGAAAUCAAUUGUACAAAUAUUAUUUAAUAAUGCCAGUACUGGAGGUGCAACUGAUGACAAAGGAUCAGUUAAAAUUGAUCAACUAUUUGAUGAUGGUGGACAAGGCAGCACCGGUCAACCAUCGUUGUUGGGAGUACACAAAAAUGGAACAAUAGGCAACAUGGCAGACCAUAAUAUAUGGGAACCACUCAACUCAAAGAUAGGAUACGUAAAUGAAUCUUUGGAUUUAGUUUGUUUGUUAUUAUCAGUCUAUUAG